CUUGCCAGCCCGCUCAGAGAUGUGUAUAAGAGACAGGGCGUAAAGAUAAACGCCCUAAUAAAGAGAGGAACCUUAUAUCACAAGAAUGAUCUAGAAACGGCUUUCAAAGACUUUGAAUUAGCUAUUAAUAUAAAUCCAAGUUAUAGUGAGAUCUACUGCUUCAGAGGAGCGGCAUACUUGACAAUGAACAAAUUCGACGAAGCCAAGCACAAUUUUGACAAGGCCAUUGAAUAUGAUCCAAACUUCUGCAUUGGAUAUAUGCAAAAAUAUUACUUUGAGUAUCAUAUGAAAGAAAAAUGUAAUCUUUUCAGUACAAAUGUAUUAGCUGAAGAAGUUGCAAGAGCCUUUGAAAAGUAUCCAAAUUCUUCUGGACGUGCAUAUUGUUAUACAAUGUACGCUGAG